AUGGGCCCGCUGGUGGCGCUCGUGUGGCUCUUGAGCGGCGUCGUGCACGGCGGACACGCGCAGGGCGUGUACGCGCCACCUACGGUUGCCAUCGUGCACUCGGGACAAGCCUGUAACGUAGAGGAGGAACGACACAGCGAGCGAGUCUAUACCAUCCGGGAAGGAGAAACUCUGGAACUCGUCUGCCUGGUGACCGGACACCCGCGACCGCAGGUACGCUGGACUAAAACAGCAGGCGGAAAUUCCGAGCGCCAAGGAGACUCCUGGGCACAAAACGACACCUUGAAGAUUGAAAGCAUCAACCGCCACCAGGGUGGGCGCUACUACUGCAAAGCCGACAACGGCAUGGGGACCCCCGCCAUACGCUCCAUAAGAGUCGAUGUAUACUUUCUGGACGAUCCGCUGAUCACGGUGCACCAAAGCGUGGGCGACGCCAAGGAGCUCUUUUACUUCGAGCGGACGGUGUUUCUACGCUGCGUGUCUACGUCCAACCCGCCCGUCCACUACACCUGGAGGAGAGGUCGCCAGGUCCUCUCUCAAGGAGCGGACGCCGGAGUGGACAUCUAUGAGCCGUUCUUCACGCAGGGCGAGACGAAGAUCCUCAAGUUGAAGAACCUUCGUCCUCAGGAUUACGCCAACUACACGUGCGUCGCCUCCGUCAGGAACGUCUGCGACAUACCGGACAAGAUUGCGCACUUCAGCCUCAACAACAAAACAGCUCCUCCCUCCAUCAAGCUCCUGCUGGACGACCCCCUGGUGGUGAACCCGGGCGAUACGGUGACCCUGGUGUGUGUGGCGUCCGGCGGGGAUCCCCCUCCCGUCCUGAGGUGGGUUCGUCCCGGCGGGGAGCCGCUCCCCAAGAGGAGCGUGGACAAGGGUGGCACCCUCACCAUCCCUGCCAUCGGCGUGGACGACGGGGGCGCCUACAGCUGUCUGGCGGAAAACAACGUGGGCAACGCCGCCAGGAAGUCUGCCAAUGUCCUCGUCAGAGGUCUCCGCAAGGCUCGUUUCUGGAUCACUCCGGACCCGUACCACAACGACGACCACAUCCAGAUCGGUCGCGAGGUGAAGAUCAGCUGCCAAGUGGAAGCCACGCCCCCCGAGGAGCUGCGCUUCGGGUGGCUGAAGAACGGUCGCCCCCUGCGAAGCUCCGAGCGAAUGGUCAUCACGCACACGGACGCCGAAAUUUCGCCGGGCGUCACCGACCUGGACAUCAUCGACCUCAAGUUCACCGACUUUGGCACGUACACCUGCGUGGCGUCGCUCAGGGACGGGGGAAGUCCCGAGAUCAGCAUCGACGUCAACAUCUCGUCCACGACGGUCCCGCCGGAGCUGACGGUGCCCAGAGGGCGCUCUCACAUCAUCGCGCAGGAGGGCGAGGCGGUGGAACUCCAGUGUUUGGUGUCGGGAAAACCCAAACCAGUCAUCCUGUGGUCCCGGGUGGAAGACGGCCCCGCGGCGGCGGUCACGGCCGAGUUGCCAGCGGGGGUCGCGGCCGGAGCGCCCCCGGCGACCGAGGACCCCGCCCACACGGAAAGUAACGACGGGAUCCUGAGGCUGGGAAAUGUGACGCGGGAGAUGGGCGGAACUUACUGCUGCCGGACCAGCCAGUACAACGGCUUCAACGUCAAACCCCGACAGGCGCUGAUUGAGCUACUGGUGCAUUUCCCCCCGGUGGUGGAGCCAGCAUUCUCCGAGGUGCGUCAGGCCCUGGGCCGGGCAUUCACCCUGACGUGCCGACUGCUGCGCGCCCACCCGGCCCGGCAACUGCGCUACGAGUGGAAGUUGGGCUCCCGCCUCCUGACGGUGGGCCAGUUGGACGAGCAGCACGACGACACGCACUACCAGGUGCGCGCUCUCAACCGCGAAGGAUACGGAGAGUACACCUGCGACAUCAGCAACGAAGCCGGAGCAGGGAGGUGCACCUUUCUGGUCACAGGGAAAGCAUACCCUCCUGAGUUCUACUACGACACCCGCGGCGCUCUGUGGCAGAACCGGCCACGCUCCUACGGCUUCAAGCUGCAGUGGACCCAGAUGGAGCCCGCAGGUGUGGACCGCAUCCUGGCCUACAGGUUGGGCAGACGACAGGUAGGGCAAGGGCGCUGGUGGGAACAGGAGAUCCCUAUGGAGGCCAACAUCCACAAGGGGGAGUUGUUGACAUACAACCUGACAGACCUGGUCAAACCCGAGUCCUACGUGGUCCGCCUGACGCCCAUCACUCGCUACGGCGAAGGCGACGCCACUGAGCGCAUCAUCGCCUACAGCGCUCCGGUGAAUCCACACCUCAGGGAGUUCCAGUGUGCUUUCGAGGACGAGGCCUUGUGUCUCUUCUCUCAGGACAAAAGCGACGAUUUCGAUUGGACGCGCCACAGCGCCGCCUCCCGCGACACCAAGUACACGCCCAACACCGGACCAAGCGCCGACCGCCGUGGCUCCAAGCAAGGGUACUACGUCUACAUCGAGACGUCACGUCCCAGAAUAGAGGGCGACAAAGCCCGCCUCCUGUCGCCCUUUUUCAACACAGGCUCUAAAAGCGGUGCCGCCUAUUGCCUGUCUUUCUACUACCACAUGUACGGCAAGCACAUCGGAGCGCUCAACGUCUUCCUGAGGCAAAAAGGCGCGCCGCAAGCAUCAGAGACGACGGUGUGGAGUUUGAGCGGUAACCAAGGCGACCGAUGGCGCCGCGCCGCCGUCGACAUUCACCCUAGCGCGGACUUCCAGGUGAUGCUAGAGGGUGUGCGUGGCGCCGGCAUCGAGGGUGACAUCGCUGUUGAUGACAUCGCCAUUCAAGAAGGUCCAUGCAAAGAUCCACCGUCCAACAACCUAAUCUCAUUCUCCCCGCCUUGCCAGCCCAGCUUAUUCCUCGUCACUCUCAGCUUGACUCUGAUAGGCCAACGGAGGUGA